CGGGCUGAGUAUUCGUUAGUGAAACAUUCCCCGUUUCGUUAGGCUCGGAAAAGUCUUCUAAACGGGUGUUUUAUACCGCCUCAGCGCGAUAGUGGGCGAACUGGCCGGUUAAAGUACUGACGUGUCCUUUGGCGCGCGGUCAGUGCCGAAGCUGGAGGGACACGCCUGUCGCCGUCGCUCCCAGCAUCUUUAACCGGGAGUCAGCCGUCAACGCCGCGACAAAAUGUCAAGAGCCGGCCGAAGAGCCAACGCUUUGCACGUUAAUAACGGGCACGCGCUGGCAGGAUGCGGCCCGCUGAGAGUGCUGCUGCUGUGCCUCUGCGGCGCGCUGUCGCUGGCUGUGGUCCUGGCGCUGUAUCUGUCUGCAGAGCCCUCCAGCAGCCUACAGCAGCAUGCUGCACAUCUCAUCAGGGACAGGAAUGCCCAUAAGCCAAAUAAAUACUCUGUGGCACAAAUAAAGAAGUUUGCAGCACAGGUGGACGGGCAUCGGCUCUGGGAGACUCACCUGCGGCCCCUGCUAAAUGAACGAGUGCCCGGGACUGCAGGCAGUCAGACCAUACGGCAGCAUAUCUUGUCCCAGCUGGGUUCACUGUCAGCAGGAUGGACGCUGGAGGAGAAUUCUUUCGUUUCAUCCACCCCGAAGGGUAAAGUGACCUUCACCAAUGUGCUAGCAGUUCUGGACCCCUCGGCUUCUCGCAGGCUGCUCCUAGCAUGCCACCAUGACUCCAAGAUCUUACCCGCAGACCCUAAAAACCCCAAGCGGGUGUUUGUGGGUGCCAGUGAUUCAGCCAUACCCUGUGCUAUGAUCUUGGAGCUGGCCACUGCUCUGGACACACAGCUUGAAGCUCUAAAACGGCAGAGGUCUGCGGUGACAUUGCAGUUGGUGUUUUUUGAUGGAGAGGAGGCAUUCGAGGAAUGGACAGAAACAGACUCUCUCUACGGUUCUCGUCAUCUGGCUGAACUUAUGGCCCGUACUCCCCACCCUUCUGGAUCCACCAAAACCACUCUUCUCCAGGCAGUGGAUCUGUUAGUUCUGCUGGACCUGCUUGGUGGCCCAGAACCAUUGAUUGUCAAUCACUUUGAUAACACAGCCAGAUGGUUUGACCGACUGAUCGCUGCAGAGAGGAGACUACACAAACAGGGUUUGUUGACAUCUCAUCCAUCAGAACAGAGUUACUUCAGGAAAGAUUUUUAUCUUGGUCCCGUGCAGGAUGAUCACAUUCCAUUUUUAAACAGAGGUGUACCAGUGCUUCACUUGAUCCCCACACCGUUUCCUGUGUUCUGGCACACACUGGAUGAUGCAGAGGAGAGGAUGCACAGGCCCACGGUGGAAAACCUAACUAGAAUCCUGGCCAUCUUCGUGGCUGAGUAUCUGGGCCUCUAAACAUGCUAUAAUGAUCAUCCUACAGCAGACUGUAAUGGUAGUAGUAAUAAGAACAGAGCCAUAGAUCAGAAUGACCAAAGAGACGCAUAGCAUAAUGAUGUGUUUAUUUGGAGUGUGAAUGGUACAUGUUGAAGAUAUCCAUAUAUUUUUCUGCUGAAAAGAGCCAUAUGUCAUAAUAGGACAAACACUCAUGUUACGCCUAAUUUCAUCCUUUAAGAGACUGUUAGACCAUACGUUUGUGAUUUCAUAUCAUUCAUUUGAUAUGGCUUUGAAGUGGAACUCAGAGUGAAGUUCAUUUAUUGACUGUUUUCAUUUAGCUCAUUAAUCAUCAUUUGUACAGUAUUUGCUGAUGAACUGUUCAUUCAAGCUGUGUUGGGGAAAGGCAGUGGUGGUGCACUUCACAAGGUCAGUAUACAAGACAUUGAGAUACACUUGUUUUACGAAUCUGUGAGUAGAAUUUAAUGUGAAUUAAGAGAGAUAGAUCUUCUUUUUUACAAUCCUUAGUCACUGAGCUGUUACCAUUAUGAGCCAAAAGACCAUGUCAAGGGUCUAAUGGAUAUUCGUAAUAAACCCAAGGAGACACUGGAUUUGAGUUUUUGUUUUUUUUCCUAUUUUUGUUGAAAUUUAGAAUACACUAAGAUUGACACUGUUGCAUUAAAGCCAAUUAAAAUCUGCUGCUGUAUUGAUAUGCUAUCUUUUGGGUCACAAAAAGAGCUUUUUUAAAGCCAAGAUGAAACGGAAGUAGCGGCACAUCUUUUUGCUGCAUUGUGAUGCAUAUCUGAGUGAAACGGAUUACUGAAAAAGAGGACAUAAUGAUUGGAAGAGUUCGGCAUACAUCACCAGAAGAUUGAGAUAUGACAUU